AUGAAUUUAAUAGGGUAAAAAGUACUAUUAGAUGGCCAAGUAAUUGAUACUUUGUCAAAUCAAAGGUUUAAAUUGCCUGAUGCUAAAGUCUAUGCUUGGUCAUUUCAUAAAUAAGUUAUUGUUGCACUUGGAAUUACAAACACUGUUCAAUUAUGGACUGAAAGAAAACCCAAUGAUUGGUAAUAAGCUAUCGCAUUUUCAUCCCAUCAACAUCCAAUCAUCCAUAUAUCAUGGGCACCAUAUGAUGUCACUUUUGCAUCAGUCGAUCAAACUGGAUUAGCAUUAAUUCAUACUAAAAAGUAGGAUACUUGGGAUUAACCAAUACCAUUAAAUUAGGAAAAAUAUUCAGUAAUUGCAUUUGCUCAAAACAAAUCUACUAUCGCUGCAGGAGGAAACUGUUUAGACUUUUAUGAAAAUUUCAAAUUAGUGCACAGAGUUAAUUUGCCUGUCUAAUAAUUAGCUUACAGCUUUACAGAUCGAUUGUUAGCUGUUAGUGACAAUUCUAUCAGUAUUUUUGAGAGGAAUAUCUUUAAAUAACACAUACUUCUUGAAUAGAUCCCAACAUCUGUUUCAUGGUCUUUAAGUGGAUCCAAAAUUUAUGUUUAAAUUCUUAAUGAAACAUUCCAGUAUGUGGAAAACUUAUAUAAUGAAUUUGUAUUAUAAGAUUGA